GAGAGGGGCUCAGGAGCUGAGCUGUGCACUUCACUACACUACUUACUGGUGCCCUGAUCAGGGAGAGGGGAGACAAGGGACUGAUGUUGUGGGAUUCUGCAAAGCCCUAUAGGCUCACACACUCUCGCAGACAGCAGCAGCCUCAGCAGACCUGCCACUGACAAGUCCUUCUAGCAGCUCAGACAACAGGCAGCAACCAGAUCAGCACCAUGAGCAGCCAGUAUCAGGAGGAGACAACUGAAAGGCCGGAAUGCAAAAGUAAAUCCCCAACUCUGCUCUCCUCUUACUGCAUAGACAGUAUCCUGGGCAGGAGAAGCCCCUGCAAAAUGAGAUUGCUCAGCGCCCAGAGCUUGCCCCCUCUGACCAGCAGGAGCGACCAGGACAAAACUUUGGAAGGUUCCCCAAAGAACAACUCUCCCUUUGAGGCCGAGUUGCAUCUGCCCCCGAAGUUGAGGAGGUUGUACGGUCCUGUGGGGGCAGCAGGUCGGCUACACAUCCCAUCGCUGCCCGACGCCAGGUCUGCAGUGGCCAGGUCGGAUAAAACGGAUCGCCUUGUCCUGUUGGGGGAGAGCAGCUGGGAUAGCCACAACCUGAAGAUCAGCCAGGCCCCCCAGGUCAGCAUCAGCCGCAGUAAGUCGUACAGAGAGAAUAGCGCCCCCCUGCUGAGAGACGACCAAAGUCCUGAGGGUCUCCAGCAGCAACAUCAGACUGCUUCCACCACCCCUUGUCCCUCUCUGCAGGACAGACUGGGGGCACUCUCUCAGAACCCAGGGGAUGAGGAUGAGGACGACGAGGAGGAUGAAGAGGAGGAGGAUGAAGAGGAAGAGGAUGAAGUAGACAAGCAGCAACAUAAUAAUAAUAACAAUAACACCAGCAAUUCUAACAGGGGACUCCUGAAAGAGCAGCUUCCACAGUACCAGCAACAGCAGCAGCAGCAGCAACAGCCGGGAUGUGGUCCUGAUGGAGACUUAUCUCCCAAAGAGGAGCUUCUGCUCCAUACUUCUGAUGGAGAUGGUAAAGAUGGGGAGGACAGUGUGUGCCUGUCAGCUGGCAGUGACUCAGAGGAGGGCAUGCUAAAGAGGAAACAGAGGAGGUAUAGGACCACCUUCACCAGCUAUCAGCUUGAAGAACUGGAGAGGGCAUUCCAGAAGACCCACUACCCAGAUGUCUUCACCAGAGAGGAGCUGGCGAUGCGGCUGGACCUGACAGAAGCCAGGGUGCAGGUAUGGUUCCAGAAUCGAAGAGCAAAGUGGAGGAAGAGAGAGAAGGCCGGGGCCCAGACUCAUGCUCCUGGCUUGCCUUUCCCUGGUCCAUUGUCUGGCAGUCACCCUCUGAGCCCAUACCUUGAUGCCAGUCCCUUUCCUCCCCACCAUCAUGCCUUGGACUCUGCCUGGACCGCGGCUGCUGCUGCAGCUGCAGCUGCCUUUCCCAGUCUACCUCCUCCCCAUGGCUCCAACUCACUGCAGCCUAGUGGGGCCCCUCUGGGACUCAGCACCUUCCUGGGGGCAGCUGUGUUUCGGCACCCAGCCUUCAUCAGCCCUGCGUUUGGCAGGCUGUUCUCCACGAUGGCCCCUCUAACUAGUGCUUCCACUGCAGCAGCCCUGCUCAGGCAACCCAGUCCCGCUGUGGAGAGUGCAGUGCAGUCCGGCGGCCUGUCCGACCCUGCCACCGCUGCAGCAGACAGAAGGGCGUCUAGCAUAGCAGCCCUCAGGCUAAAAGCUAAAGAGCACGCAGCACAACUCACACAGCUGAACAUCCUCCCCGGAAACAGCACAGGGAAAGAGGUCUGCUAAAGCAAAGGGCACCUCUGCUGCAAACCCACCAAGACCAAAUGGAAGCAAAUGUGGACCAGUGACUAAUGAGCAUCCUUGUCUGCCCAGACACGCCAUGCGUACCACUACAGUAAUAAUGAGUGUAAAAACAUUAUGCAGCUCCUGAGCAGUAAACCUUGGUACAUCACCCACUGCCACCCCUCUCCAUGCUCAUUUCACCAUGACGUCAUAGUAUGCGCAAAUCGAUGUAUUUAAAACGCAACUUACUUUCUCUCCAUUUUUUUUAAAUGCAUUUUCUUUUUUUGGUUUUGAAGCUAAGACAUUCCCAAAAUGAUCCCCUCCCCUCACAUGUUCCAGUGUUAAACCCCUAUGCUGUUAACCCCUCUUCUGCCACAAAGGCUGGAAUUUUACUUAUGCAGGACUUUUGCUACAAAGAUUUGAUGCAUCCAUACCUAUAGUUCAGUUAGUCAGUGCACUUAUAAAAGCUGUAUAUCUCUAUACUGUAUUAUUUUCUUUAUCAUAUGCCAACCAAGGUUUUUUUAUACCAAACCAAAGGGAAAUGAACUGUCAGAUUUAUGGACUGUUUAAAGUCACUAAACUGUGAUUUCUGAUUCUGUAUAUAACAUUGUUAUAAAAAAAAUAAUAAGGAAAAGAGCUUUGUAUAUUUGAAAUGUUAUAAAAAAAAAUUGCACUCAGUGUAGUGUUGUAAAAGUUCGUCAAACUGUAGAAUUCUCUGUGUUGUAGAUAUACCACAAGGUUCCUAGCAAAAAUAUUUAUGUACAAACUCUUUAUUUAACUUAUUAACUGUAGAGGUUUCUCAGAACUUCAGAAUGAUGCUACCGUACCUGUGUAAUGUUGUUUCAUUGUCCCCGCCUUCCCAUGAUCUCCGUUGAAAGUGAACCACUCA